AUGUUCCGAAAUCGCAACGUUGACAGCGUACUUUGUCGCCAAAAAAGUACCUGGGCCGCUGAGUAUUGUGGUCUGUUUUGGUAUAUACCUGCGUUUGGAGGCCUACAUUCUUGUGGAUGGCAAACAGCGAGAGAAUUUAGUUUCCAGUGUUUGCAGUCGAUCAUGUCCCGUUGGUUGCAAAACGUAGGAAGCUUUCUGGAAAAGCUGGAUGACCAAGCCGAGCAAAUUGCGGACGGCAAUAUCCAUCUGCAAAGCGAGGAAGGCGAAGUCUUUGGCCAGGGAAAAGACGCAAUAGAGUCCAUACUAGUCGCUCGUGGACUCAGCCUUUCAAAUGAGGACGAAAAAGAGGGAGAAGAUGAUAACUUGGACGAUGAUGUCGAAUAUUCGGUGCAGAAAUUUUCGGACACGGAGCAGGACGUGGGGAACCAUGAGCCAGAAAGUGAUUUGGUAGAAGAGGGAAGGAUUUUAUCUGACGAAAACUCAUCAGCUAGUCUACGGACUUCAUCGGUCUCUGAAGAGGUCGUUGAAGGUGUCGCUGCUGUGCUAACCGAUGUUGGGUCUGGUUUGGGAUCGACCCAUUCCACUGUUGAGGUAGAGAGGAAUAGUGGUGGCGAUGGGGUAGAGAGGAAUGAUAGUGGAGAUGAGGGAGGCGCCGUUGUGAGCGAGAAUGGGGCAAAGGUUUCGAUAGGGGAUAUCCCAGUUACGCCUGCAAAGGAAACACCCGUUGCCACGAUGGCGACGUCGGGCCACACACAGCCCGAAACCCCGUUCGGUACUCCAGCUCAAACCGCCACCAAGCCAACGAACUCCGGCGCGCCAACCGGGCCACCGAAACCGCCAAUUCCACCCAAACCUGCGACACAGAAAGCACAAGACAGUGCGGAAGCCAAGGAAGCGCUUAAGCAAGUGCGAAUUUUACGACGACACGUGCUUUCACUAAAUCAAGAACUCGAAAAAGCUGAGUCGGAAAUGCAGGCCCAGCGCGAUGAGCUCGAGCGUGCCGCCGACCGGAUGGAAAAGGAUCGUGUCCGACGAAAAGAAGAACAAGAAAAAGAAAAAGUUCGUCACGCCGAAGAACUGAGAGCCCUCAAAUCUCAACAUGAUCAAAUUUUGAAGGAUGUCAAGGCUCGGUCGGAUCAACAGGUUAACGAUGUACGUAGGCAACUCAAAGAGCUCGAAAACCGACGGAUGCAAGAAGGUGGGGAUUAUAACAAUGAGCUCGCAGAGGCCAUACAGCGAGAACAAGAUAUGAUGCAAAGGUACUCCAUGCUGGAGGAUGAGAAAUCGACCAUGCUCUCGCAGAUUGCGACGCUCCAAGCUCAGCAAGAGUCGCUCGGAAGUCGCUUAGAGUCUCUCUCUCAAAGCGCUGACAGCGCUACGCAACGGGAGCGAGAAGCAGAAGACCGAUUGGAUGACGCUCUUUCUACGCACGCGAGACAGAUUGGCCAACGGCAGGCACGAGAAGCGGAUUUAGAGCGCACCAUUGCAGAAUUGGGAGCUGCUCUGGUUUCGGCUCGUACGAUGGCAACGAAUGGAUCGUCCCGGCACGGAAAAGAAGCCGACAAAAGCAGUCAAGUUACAGAACGAGUCAUUGACUUGGAGCACGAAAUUGAGGUCCUUAACGGGUAUCUGACUCACGAACAACAGUGCAGUAAUGCGCUCCGGCAAGAACUUCAAGAUGCUACACGUGAGCGAGCUGAAGAAGCUGCGGCAAGUAGUCGACGACAUGUUCACAACGACCGACAAAUUGCUGAGCUUUCCCAAACUGUUCUCUCCCUUAAGACCGAGCUUCGCGAUAUUAGUUCUGUCAAACGAAAAGAUUCUAUAAUUCGGGAUGAUGUGACGAGUGAGCAUGAGGAGCUUAACCAAAUUAAAACCCUCUCGGAAGAGGUGCUUCGCCAGCGUGAAAAUCUGACGCGGUCGAAUAACGAAGUGUCUACUUUGAAGAGCCGACUCCAAGCUGCUCUGGAGAGAGCCACCCUAGCUGAUGCUCUACAGGAUCAAUUAGGAAACAGUUCCAUGCUGGACUUGGAAGAAGCCACCGGCAAGACCCGAAAAAGGAGGGGGGCGAAGUCUGGUGUGCUGUUACAAGGGGGGUCGAUAAGGGGCGCCUUGCGUUUGAAUCCCGCGCUAAGAGAAUCCACGGAAAGACUUGGAAAAGUGCUAGAUGGUUUAGACGUCUUUCUUGUGGAGAGUGGCAAGUUUCUUAGAUUCAAUCCGCUUGCUCGGCUAUUAUUUAUAGUCUAUCUUCUCCUUCUGCACCUCUGGACAUUUACGUUGGUGUUCUUGCAUGCCCAUACGUUCGAAGCAGUCCAUGGUGAUUUUGGAGCAGGAGGAACGCUGGCCAAUGGGCCUCACGCGCUCAUGCAACAACCGGUCAAUCCUGAAACGUACGAAGCCGAGAUUGAUAAUAUUCCUGCUGUUAACUGAUAUUGUUUUCAUCUUGCGGGUUUUGUACAUUCAAGAGCUCUGGGUUCUCACUCAUAAAGUCAAUUCGAUUAUGUGGAUCGGUAAUUUCAAAGUUGGGCACCUUCGACUUACUCUCAUGCAGAGUCAAUGAGUUUGGGCCCACGUUCUCCCAGUUCAGUGAUAUAUUUUCAGCAGGCUUAGCUGACUUUUGUACUUGGUCGGACUCCUUGGAUAUAAGGUUCAAACGUAGUCGUGUCUCGUCGGCAUAUAGCACAGACCGCUCCCCCGCUAAUAUUUUACAUUUCGUCAAAAUUCGGUCCAUAUGGGUUUCGGAAUAGAAGCGCGCCCGUAGCUCGAAGGAAUCGUGACAAUCGCAGGAACAAUGUGUGCACUUACUACAGAAUUGGCAACUCAUCGCCAUAUCGACGUUUCCACAUUCCGACUUAGUCCGUGCAAAUCCACCAGUAUGGCAUAGAUAGCUCGCAAAGACAGUUUGACCUUUCUUGUCGACGAAGGUAGAUUCGUUUGCCGCCUGCCAACCGGCCGUGAAACAGGACUCGCAAAUAUUAUAGUCUUUUUUAAGUAUUGUCUCACAACCGACACAAUGCCAAUAUGUGUUCAUCAGCUCUUCUUUGCAUCUCAUACAGGAAAAGCCUGUGUUCCCAUAUGGGGUGCAAGAAACGUUCGAAGAGGUCUCGUACGAGUCUGGCAGCGGAACUCUAGUAAAACUGCCUCGGUCGGUGACCAAAGAGCAUCUUGUUCCUGCUUUGGAGCAGUCAUGCUGCAUCGAGGCAAUUAUUUCUUGAAGACAAGGUAGAAUUCCGCGAGAAAACUCAACAUCUUCGACGUCGACCAUAGUUUUCGGAAGAGCAUCAUCAUACGAUCCAAGCAACGACCGUGAUUCCGGCUGUGUUACUUGAGACGGAAGAAUAUCGGCUGCGUGGAGUAAACACGUCUUCCAGAUACCCAGAGACUCGCUCUGCAAGGAUUUGUUGAUUUCUGCAGCUUCGAGAGCCGCAGCAGUCUCUCUGUUGAUUCCUUCUGCGUCGAAACCUUGAAACAUCCAAUCCCAAGCAACACUAAGACAAAUCCCUCCUGAGCCUAUAGAUGGAUUGGAUUCUGCCAAUUCUGAUCGAAGUUUGGAAUGGCAAUCGUGUUCGGAAAGCUUUUGAUUCAAUCCAGCCUUUCGAAACGCAUGCAAGCACCCUUUAUUGAUGUGCAAAAACUGGUUAGGACUUAAAACGAAUACCUGCGGGCAAUAUCUAUGAAAUUUGUGUCAGAUACUUUGUUAAAAAAGGUUUCUGUGCGUCUUGAUUCUACUCACCCCAUUUCUUUCAGCUUAUCAAUAGUAUCAUUCGAAAACCAAUCCGGUUGGGAGCUCUGCGCAAUAUCAGCGUUAGCGAAAUGUGGAAGAUACAAAAAAAAUGUUUGAUAUUGCAGAAAAGCCGCACUUGCCUGGCCUUCUCCGUGAGGCUGUCCAUUUAAAGCAUCGUAAGGCAAGUGUUUUGCGAUCAACUUAUUCACGUAUAAUUUGUGCUGCUGUGGGAUCCUUCGUAGCUUGACCACCUCAUUAAAACCAGCGAUACACUGAUGACCGGAAUCAACGGUUCCGUUACCGUCC